ACUUAGGUUCCUUUGGGGUGUUAUCUGAGUUCAUCGGGGAGGUUUAACUUCAGAUCCUGCCCUCCGCGACCCAGCGCAGCACUACAACAAGGCAUAGCGUUACACCGCCGAAGUGUGUAUAUGACUAAUGAUUCACGAUAGACAUGUAUUUAUCAUGAUAGGAGAAAGAGGGGGUCUCUUAGAUGGAGCUAUGGUAUGGUCGAUGUGGAAGGGAUACUUAAUUAAUAUUGGGAGUGCCAGGGAUGGUUGGGUGUUAGCCAAGGAAAGAUACAGAGAAGGGUGGAUGGGAUGUAUAUACUAUUACUAUUUAUUUAUUGUUGAUCUUUUUCUUCUUUUGUGAGGGCAGAGGAGUUGGUCCACACAUAGACAAAGAUGGGCUAUGGAGUAUUCAACUUGUCUAUUCU